AUGGUUUUUCUCAUCAUCGCCGAGAAACGUCCUUAUUCAGCAAUAAUCAACGGUUUCGUCGAGUUUCGCGCCCACUUCUUUGGCUUUUUGGUUUCAUUCACCGCACAGCCCAUACCAUAUGCUGAUCAGAGGAUGGAGUUCGCUUCUCCGUUCGUCAUCGACACGUCAACGCCGGAGAGUCUGGAGCGAGACUUCUACGCGUGGUUAAAUAUGGAAGGAUCACAAUAUCUCGACCCACAACCAUCCCGAAUAUGCAUUUCUUUACCGCCAAUCGAAUCAUCAAUAGGAUCCCGAUGUUAUACGGAAAAUAAGGAGAUUUGUUACCUGGAAAGUUCCCUUGGCGAUAGCCCAUCGUCGCUAUCUUCAACAUCGCUGGAGGAUGCUCCUCCUCCUCAUACGGAAAGAGACCAAGUCCGAAGUUCAGGUAGAAAUCAGCUAGGAAGAACGUAUAGUCCCGGAUUGCCUUUGUCGAUGUGCGAACGAGAGGAGAUUGUGAAAUUAUUUCAGGCUGGAUGGAAAAUUUGUGAUAUAUCGAAGCGCUUAUGUGUCACCCACAGCUGUGUGAGCAAAAUUCUGAACAGAUAUCGACAAACCGGAUCAGUCCGUCCAAAAGAUGCGAAGGAAGGCCGAACUGAGUCUCCUUUGGUGACUGCAGUAAGGGAUUACAGAACAAGACUAGGCAUGAGCCGUCAAGGGGAAAUCCGUGAACAGCUGAUUAAGGAUGGGAUUUGUACGAGAGAAACCGCCCCAAGUAGAUCGUCUAUCAAUCACAUUCUACGAACUAAACUGGACAUCAAGAGAAGGAAAAAGACCGAGUGA